GACGCCCUGCUUUCACUCUUGUUCUCUCCACCUUGCUUCUUUCUGCUCACACAUCUUUAAUUUCCCCCCGGUGGUUUUUCAGUUUCAAUCCUUUACAAUUUACAGUUUACAAUCUACAUCUGCAGUACGCAGGAAGCAUAUGGGAGCUCCAGUCUCUGUGUUCACAAUGAGGUCACCCACAGUAAACCCACUGCAAGUCUUCAGUGCCUUGCUCCUGUGCAUCUUGCCUCACAAAGCAGUGGGCGGUCAAAGUGAUGAAGUCGUAUAUGGUGAGCCACAAAGAGGCAUCGUUAUCUUCCUCUUCAUACUCCUCGCCCUCCUCAUCCUGCUCCUGGUGUACCUGUACAAGAGGCUGAACCGGGAGACUGAUGGACAGUACACCGUCAGACAGCUCGUCUACGGGAAGGGCGGAGUCAGGGAACGUGUGCAAAAUGGAGUGACGGCCAUAGAGAACAGGCUGGGCGUAAGGCUGAGGCCGCGCAAGGCAGAAGACAUAGAGGGAGGGGAGGAGGAUGAUGACAGGGAGGAAGAGGAAAGGGAGCGGGAGAGAGCGAGCAGGAAGGACGAGGACAGCCUAGCAGAAGAGGAGCAGCAGCAGGACGAGGACUCUUCGGACUACUCCAGCUUGGAAGGAGUUGACCUGAGGGAGAGGAAGCAACUUCAGGAAAAUGCGGAGGUGAAGGUAGUCAGUGAAGGAGAGAAGGCUGAGGAGAAAGGGGAAUGCAAGAAGGAGAAGGAGGAGGAGAAGGGCACAGGAGGAGAGGAGAAAAAUUCUGAGACUGGAGCAGCCGCGGGAGGGUUGCUGGCAGACCUGAAAGACUUUUCGGGCAGUGCCAUCUGGGCUGAGGAGCAGAAGGAAGGAGAUGUGACUCUGCUGUGAAGGACAGAGAGAGAGGAGGACUGGAGGAGGAGAAAGGAAAAAGAGAUCUGAGGGAUGGUAGGGAGAGAAAACUAAUAUAUAUAUAUAUUAGAAGGAUGUGUGUGAGACUGAAUGGAGGAAAGAUAAUAGGAAGAAGGGAGGAGGGGACAACUAAUGUGCGGUCACUUCUGUGAGGACAAACUGGGAGACAGAAGGGGGUCAGACAUGAAACAGGGAGGGAAAAAUAAUGAGAGCAAGAGAUGAAGGGAAACUUGGGUGUAUCUUGUGUUUUCAGGACUUUUACAUGUUUUUAUACGAUCAUUUUUAUCCAUGAUCAUUUUUGUAAAGCUCUGACUUGUAAAUUUUGUAAUUGUUUUAUUUUAG